UUUAAUUUAAUUUUAUUAAUUAUAAAUGAGUGACAAUAUAAAAAAUGAAUUUUAAAAUAAUUAAAAUGUAUUGAUAAAUGAGAAUUAAAAUUAAUAUGAAGAUAAAAUUGUCUUUGUGGAUGAGUAAAAGUACCUGCAGUAAACAUAGUUACAAAUCAAAACAAAUUAUUCUCACAAAAUGAAAAAUAUUUGAUUUUUAUGAUAAACAACGCAAAGGUGUACGCAUGGAGAAAUUUGGCAGUGGAGCUUAAUUACUAUUUGGAUGAGAGAGGAUAUUGUAUAUAUGGAAAAUCGAAAUGAAAGAUGAACGAAGGAAGGACAGUAGCUGCUGAAUGUAUUUAUUUGUACUUGGCAUAAACAAUGUUUCAAGUGUCAAGGAUGUGGGAUGACCCUCAAUAUGCGCACAUACAAAGGUUUCAACAAACAGCCAUACUGCGAAGCGCAUAUACCAAAAGCAAAAGCAACAACAAUGGCGGAGACACCAGAGCUGAAACGUAUCGCUGAAAAUACAAAGAUCCAAAGUAAUGUUAAAUAUCAUGCGGAGUUUGAGAAAGCAAAGGGCAAGUUCACUCAGGUAGCAGACGACCCAGAAACAUUGAGAAUUAAACAGAACAGCAAGAUUAUAUCGAACGUUGCCUAUCAUGGUGAACUUCAGAAAAAAGCCAUUAUGGAACAAAAAAGGACUAUGACUGGUGAAAAUGGUGAACAAAUCGAAUAUGUAGAAUAUCCAGAUGGUACAAUUACGCCAACAUCGAAUGUAAAUGCGAAUCCAGCACCACCUCCAACAGCUCAUUCGCCUGUACAAAGGGCACCUGGCAGGAUUGCUGAUUAUGAUCCUCUUAGUGAAGCUAGACCAAGUCCAUAUUCGGCUAGACAAGCUGCUACAACUGUCAUUUAUACUAGUGACAAAGGUCCAGUGACGAAUCCACCAGUUCGAAAAAUUGGAUCCGUUGCUGAUAUUGAUCCAGUAAAUGAAUAUUAUGGUUCUUUGACGCCCGCUAUGAAUAACAAUCAUGUUACUCAACAUCAACCACCUCCUCCACCACCAACCUCUGGGCGGGUUUAUCGAGCGAUGUACGAUUAUGAGGCUCAGGACGUUGAUGAGGUGAGCUUUUGCGACGGUGACUUGAUCAUUAAUUGUACAGCAAUUGACGAAGGAUGGAUGACUGGAGUCGUGCAACGUACGGGUCGCCAUGGAAUGUUGCCAGCAAAUUAUGUUGAACCAGCGCAAAUCUGAGUUUUUCACGAUUGUUCACAUUGAAGUCUUCGCUGCUUCGCCUUCCACCUUAGUAACAAAACUUUUCUAACUAGAGUAUAAGACGCGCAGGGUCGAGGUCUGCAUUAAGAAAAAGAAAAAAAAAAGAAAAGAUGAUAAUUAUUAUUAUAAUACCUUCUCAUUUCUACGCGCAUCAAUUGCAAUGCUUUUAUGUAUGAGCGUGGAAAUUGUGAACGUAACAAAAGAAUACUCUAGAAGAUCAACAAAUAUUUUUUAUCUUCCUCAUAUUCUUAACGUUCAAGUAAAUUUUAUUCAAAUUUAAAAAUACAGUAAAUUGAAAAUUUAAUCUUUCAAAAGUAUUCGAGUAUUCAUCAAUUUACUUUUUGUAUUCCAUUUAUCUUAUCUAUUUUUUGGAAAAAUUUUUUAAGGAAAGAAUUUUGUUUACUUGAACGUUGUGAAUAUUUUAGGAAUCUAUUUUUUUUCUGAUCGUUCUUCCAAACUUGAUGGAAUAUAUUUUAUGCAAAGUAUUUUUUCAAUCUGCUGGACAAUUUUCCAUAGAUUUCUCAAAGUUUUUGAGAUUCUUUUUAGGAUUACUGGAGGUUUAUAAAACACAAGUAUAUAUUACAAGUUCUAUUUUUUAAUUUUUUUUUUUUAUAAUUAUUUUUUUGUGCAUUUAAUCAAGCAUAUAUAAAGAAUGACAUUAUUCCACUGAGUUGGGACCAAACUCAAUAAUAAUAACUAUUUUAUACUUGAUUGAAAAAAAUAUAAAGUUGAUGUUUUUGUUUUAAAACAAUACCUAUCGUAUGGGUAUUUGUUUUUUUUUUAAAAAAAAAGGUUAAGGAAAGAAUAUAUUUUUUUAUCAUUCCAACAUGAUUUUUUUCCACACCUGUUUUUGUAUAGCCUGAUGUUGUCUUUUCUGUGAAGAGUAGGCGAACGAAUGGAAAUACUUUCUUGAUAAAGAAAAGAAAAAAAAAAAGGAAAUCUUUAUUUAUAAUUUCUUCGCUCACGAGUAUUCAAAUAAAAUAAUUAAAUUCAGUGCCUGAAAGAAAAAAAAUUUACCUUAUUAAACUAAGUCUGAUAAUUUAUAGAUUUCUAAGUGUGUUUGUUAACAUUAGCCAUCGAAAUUUUAACACAAAAAAAACAGGUUUAAAAAGUGCCUUAUCUAUUAAAUAAGCUUGCGACUUGGAUACAAAGUUUUUUUUUUUUACAACUUAUAUAUUGAGAAAGAAAGAAAAUUAUUGGAUAUUUUAUCUCUGGCGUUUUCACGAGCUUGUCAUUGAAGCUUUCGAAAUUGGAAUGUAGAUAUUGAUUGUAUUAACAAACAAUCGUGUUAGUUUCGAUAAAGUGAUUCUCUUAAAACGAUAUCGCGAAUACUUGCCCUUAGCCUAUUAUUCAAUACAAUUAAUGGAAGAUCAUUUGACAAGAGUUUAUUUUUUUUUUUUUGCUAAAUGUUCGGAUUUGAAAGAAAUUGAAAUUAUGGUUUUUAUUAAUUAUUUCUUACAAUUGAUAUCUGUUUUCAAAACAAUCUUUUAAAUUGUAGGUAAAAAUUUUUUAAAAUAUUUUAAUCUAUCAAAUUUUUUAGAUUUAUUUUUUCUUUCAAAUGUGUUAUUGAAAAUCAAAAAUAUAUUUGCAAGAAUAUUAUUAAUUAAUUUAUAUUUUUUUUGUACAGUGAUCAAUUCUAAUUAAAUUAUUUUUAAACAUAAUUAUUUAAAUUUUUUUUUAAAUUAUAAAAUAGAAGCUAAAUUUCUCUUUUGAUAUUUUUAAAAUGUUUAUUGAAUUCUUUUUUGCAUGAAAAAAAUUUCUUUUUUUAAUUAAUCAUUCUUUAUAGAGGAAAAAUUUCUUUUAAAAAUGAGCAUGACGUAAAAGAUCUAUGUCAAGGUGUUGAUCGUUUUAAAAUUAUAGUAUACAGUACAUUGACUGUUAUUGUGUGGCGAUAAACAAUUAACUGACUAGUUGUUAAGUAACUGUAAAUCAAGAAAUAAUGCGCCUUUACCCAAUACGUAGUGAUACCGAAAGAAAUGUGCAAGAUUCCUUCCAAAGUUCAAGCGCUGACAUAAUAUUGUUGAUAUCAAUUUCUAGGACAUUUGUUUCCUGAGAAUUUUUUUUUUUUUUUUAUUUUUUUUUUUUUUUUGACAUAGAAUAUUAAGGAUGCGUCGAUGUUAAACGAUUUCUAAAUCGUUGUGUCAGAUUUGAAUGUAUUUUAUAUAGGUGUUUUUAUCUUUGAUGAGCGAGAAGACAUUUAUAAAAAAAAAAAGUCAAUUUUCACAUUCACUAAUUACUAAUUUGCAAGAGUGCGUUUAUUUUCGCUCCCCCUAUAGACAUUUACUUUAAUAAAUAAUUAAUUAAUGUUUAUAAAGUUGAAAAAUUUAAUGGCUACGUUAUAAUAAUGAGGAGAAUAUUUUUCUCAUUUUUUCCCCUCCCAUUUAUUGCAUCUGAGAUUGUUUAAUAUUGUACUUUAAUCGUUCCUCAAGAAAGAAGCAUUUAUCUGAUUAAGAGUAUGGUAUGAAUCGUUGCUAAUCUACGCUUAGCCCAAUUAACAGAGCGAUGCAAAUGUGAUACGUGCAUUUUCCCGUGGUUGAAAAUAUAAAAAAAAAAAAAUUUAAAAAGGUUUUCUAACUACAGGAUAAACAGAGAUAUCAUAUUUUUUGAAACAUGUUAUACUGUGCAGUUUUUGUAAUUAAUUGAACGCUGAUAUUGUUUACGAUUGUAAUGGAAAGAUACAGAAGUAUAUAUAUAUUAGCGUUGUGUUUAGAAAAAUAAUAUUAUAUUAUGAUGUAAAUUCAUAAAUAAUGAAUACGUAUGUUAUGCA